AUGAGCUACUUUUCCAAUGAAAUUCAUCCAAAUGGGUGGUUCAGUCUUGGUUCAAAAGGUCAUGAUAUGCCAAAAACACAUGCUCUUGCUCUAUGUGGUAUUAAUGUCUCAGCCAUAGAUUGCAAAAGCAGUCAAAAUGUGAGCAAACCAUCAUUAUUUGAUCCCAAAAAGACAAAGCUGUUGAGAAAUGUAUCCCAUAAGACCAGUCAUGCACAAAAAAUGUAUGGUAUAGGAAUUUUACAGCUGAAUAAAUCAAGAGAGCUUUAUGGAUCGGCUCAGUGUCCUAGAGACCUUUCUAGCUUUGAUUACAGGAAGUGCCUAUUUGGUACAAUUACAGUGCUUGAAAGAUAUGCUAAAGGAAGCCGAGGAGCUAGGGUUUAUACUGAGAGUUGCAGCAUAAGAUAUGAGCUCUACAACUUUUUUAGUCAACAUGAGCUCUACAACUUUAUCCAUAAGUGCAACAAAGAGUGGGGAGAAAUAGAGGAGCCGCAUGGUACAAGUUUGGCACAGGCAUAG